UCUAAUUUGGGUCAAAAACAUCAAAAUCAAGAUUUGGAACUUCAUAUCUUUUUGUCCUUUUUUAUUCUCUUACUGAUUCUUUUCAGAAGGGAAAUAGUUUCCCCCAUACAUUUUUUCCUGUUUUCAAACCCUAAAUUUGUGAGCUACAUUUUUUGAGUUGUGGCUUGAAUUCUGGUUGAUUAGUUAUUGAACUUGUUUGUUAUUAGUAGGAGUAUAAUGAAUGAACAAUUGGGGGUGCUAAAAGUAAUAGUUGUGCAAGGGAAAAGGUUGGUGAUCCGGGAUUUCAAGAGCAGUGAUCCUUAUGUUGUGCUCAAACUAGGGAAUCAGACUGCAAAGACCAAGGUCAUUAAUAGCUGCUUGAAUCCUGUUUGGAAUGAAGAGCUGAAUUUCACUUUGACAGAACCUUUGGGAGUCCUGAAUUUGGAAGUAUUUGAUAAAGAUCUUUUGAAGGCUGAUGACAAGAUGGGAAAUGCUUUUAUAAACCUUCAACCAUUAGUCUCUGCAGCUAGAUUAAGAGACAUUUUAAGAGUCUCUUCAGGUGAGACAACAUUAAGGAAGGUGAUACCUGAUAGUGAAAACUGUCUUGUCCGCGAAAGCAGUAUCAAUUGUGUUAAUGGUGAGGUUGUGCAGAAUGUUUGGUUACGGCUUUGUGAAGUCGAAUCUGGUGAGCUAGAAUUGACAAUCAAGUUGAUCACACCUGUUUCUAAUGCUCCCUCAAAACUGAGAAGAAGAAGAAGAAAGAGUUAUGAACAUUAUACAAUGGCAUCAUCAUCAUCAUCAUCGAUGAACACCUUGAAGCUAAAGGCGGUGUCGGUAACGAACCCUAACGACACCGCGAAGAAGGCUGAGACGGUUGAUCUCGGAAACGAAAGCGACGUCGUAUUCAUUCAGAGGUUAAUACCUUCUGAGCAGUCAUGGAAUUGGUUCCAUUACCUCGACAAACACAUUCCAUGGACCAGACCCACCAUUCGCGUCUUCGGAAAAUCUUUCCUUCAGCCUCGAGACACAUGUUAUGUUGCAACUCCAGGAUUGACUGAGUUGAGUUACAGUGGAUAUCAGCCACAUGCAUAUUCAUGGGAUGAUUAUCCACCGCUUAAAGACAUCUUGGAUGCUGUCCAUAAAGCUCUACCUGGAAGUAGUUUUAAUAGCUUACUCUUGAAUAGGUAUAAAGGUGGUAAUGACUAUGUUGGUUGGCAUGCUGAUGAUGAGAAGCUUUAUGGACCAACUCCUGAAAUUGCUUCUCUUUCUUUUGGAUGUGAUCGCGACUUCGUUUUGAAGAAGAGGCCAUGUAAAAAAUCACGCGAUGGAAGAGACGAGCCUGCGAGCAAGCGAUUGAAGAGUAGCCAUUCUGAUCAACAUACUUUUAGACUUAAACAUGGAUCCCUUUUGGUAAUGAGAGGCUAUACACAACGAGAUUGGAUUCACUCUGUACCAAAGCGUGCAAAAGCGGACGCAACACGCAUUAAUCUCACCUUUAGGCGAGUUUUCUGAUUGGCUUGGAACAAAGUCUGGUUUUUGAAAGACGCUCAUGCUUUUUUUGUAAUCUGCAUCUUGCAUUCUAGGUGGAGUGUCUUGUUUUUGUGACAAUUAAAUUAUGGAAAUGAUAAUGUUGUAGGACUUUAUAGCUUCAUGAGUUUGACUCUUCUAAAGUGAUGAGUAAUUGUCGGCUAACUCAUUGGUUAUAGUGUCAUAAAUGAUUUUUUUAAAGUGCAUUUCUCAAUUAGAAGA